CCCCAACCGGGAAGCCCGGGAGCCUCGCUUUCCCGACAUCACCGGGUAUGUCGGCUCGCUGGAAAGGGAGAAUAAAACGGGGCUAAAAUAGGCCCUUCGCGCAGUACCAUGGGAGAUGGGAAUACCAGCAGCAGCAGGAAAUACAACAUGGACACCGAGUCGCAGCCUUUUCUCCCCCCGGCGGAGGAUGACAAGGUGCAGGGAGACAUUUGGUAUCGCUUCAAGAGCGGGUUCAAACCAAGUUCGUCAAACUGGAUGCUAUGGGUUGGAACCUCCAUCUUCAUUAAUGCCCUGGCCCUGAUGUCUAUCGCCGCAUGGGUAACUCACCGUCCGGUGAGGUCGUGUUCAGCAAGCCGGGCAGAAGAACUCCGCGGCCUUGAGCGUCACUACAUCCCGACCAGGUUCACAGAUUACACCCAGACUGCAUACUUCCAAGACCCCGGCCCCACGACCGACGCAGCAUGGGAAGAGCUACUGGGGGGGAUGUUCAUCCGAGUGACCACGGAGGAGCUGCAGGUCACCAACCAGACUUCGAUCACCUUGGACGGAGAUGACAGCCAUCUUGCUUGGCUGGGAGUAUACCAUGACCUGCAUUGCAUCAACACUCUCCGUCGGUGGAUGCAUCGAGACUACUACCACCCGAAUCUGACAGCCGCCGAGCUGGACAAGCUCCAAUCCCAUACCAGCCAUUGUCUGGAUGUGUUGCGCCAGGCAAUCCAGUGCCAUGCAGACGCAUAUCUGAUGACGUUUCGUUGGCUGGAAACCGAGCAGAAACCAGUGUUCAGUCCAAAGGUGCCCAUGAGAACGUGUGUGGAUUUUGAUCUGUUGCAACAGUCGUUGGAGCCUCGGUCAGUAGACCCGGAAGAGAUUCAAGGGCUACAAAAUCCCCUGAUGGGGACGGACAUGUAGCUUACUGCCGAACUUGGAGAACAGAGAGAGCGGGGUAGAAUGCGUAAGCCAAGCUAAAGAAAAGAUUUACAAAUUGGUAUCCACUCCAUAAGAUUCCCACUCAGCCAUGAAUCCAGACAAAUCCGCCCAGCUUUUACACUGAUGCUCCGUCCCAAACCCCGUUACACCUCCCAGGGUCUCAUUCUU